GCGCGGCGUAUUACCUCGAGUUCCUGCAGUUCUCACACCAUCGUUUAUUGUCGUAGAUGGGCUCUUAAUUUUCCCAAAGUGUUGAUUGCGAAUAAUCGUGAUAAUAGUGUCGGAACAUUGCAAUUAUCGAUUAAUUUCAAUUAAAGGUAAGCGUGUGAACACGUGUAUGAAACAAUUUCAAACAAAAGACAAAGUGUGCGACAAAAUUGAAGAAUUUUGUAAUACCAUUCUGUUCGGAGACUUUGGAAAUAAUGGCCGAUGCAGAUGGAAAAAAAUUGACCGAAUUGCGGGUCAUAGAUCUUAAAACAGAAUUAGAACGACGUGGAUUGGAUAAAACUGGCAAUAAAGCAGCACUUCUUGAGCGUCUUUCCAAGGCUAUCAUUGAUGAAGGAGAAGAUCCAGAAGAAUAUUUGAUCAUUCCCUCCGGUGGCUUGAAUAAAAUAAGUCCUCGUAAAAACAGUGUUUCCAAUUCUCUAAAUCAAGAAGAAACAAUGGAAAAUACCCAACAAGACAAUCACAAAGACGAAAAUGUUGAUGAGAAAGAGUCAAUGGACACAUCUGUAAAGAAGAGCCAGCAUCAGAAGCUGAAUCAGAGACGAAAGAAGACAAAAAGUGAAGCAAAAGUAGAAGUAAAAGAAGAAAAAAUGGAAGAAGAAAAAAAUGACAAUACUGAGAAUGUUACUAAAAAAGAACCAGAAAAGAAGAAUGGACCUGAAACAGCACCAGCACCUCCACCAACACCAGCCCCGGUACCAAUUAUAGAGAGUGUGUCUUCAACUACUGUUGAAGCUAAUGGUAUUGACACGGAAGAUUCAAUAAAUUUGACUAUUGGAGAAGACGAAGAAAAUCUCCUUGCCGAGGAGACGGAGACUCACGUCAAGCAGAAAGAUGGUGGAGCGAAGAAGAGAAUUGAAGAAAACAACAAGAAGGGAGACUCCAAAGGGAGCAGCAGAGCGGAAGGCGGAGGCACCGGGAGCAAGGACGGGACCUCGUCGAGCGCUAACUCAGGGAUCAAGAGCAAGCAGGACGGUGGUGGCGAUGGAGGCAAGAGCGGUGAUUCCAGUAACAAAGUACAGAAAAGAGAUGAUAAGGACAAGAAAAUACAAGGCAGCCCAGCUAAUGCAAGUAGCCGAAAUCUUUGGGUAUCGGGAUUGUCGUCUUCAACACGCGCUACAGAUCUCAAACAAAUCUUUUCCAAAUAUGGAAAGGUGAUCGGUGCUAAAGUGGUAACUAAUGCCCGAACACCUGGAACAAGAUGUUACGGUUACGUAACCAUGUCAACUAGUGAAGAUGCAGCCAAGUGUAUUCAACAUCUUCAUCGAACCGAACUUCAUGGACGUGUCAUUUCUGUAGAGAAGGCGAAGGGUGAGUCUCAACAAGGCCAUAUGCGAAAACGUGAGUCUAACAAUGCAAAGCUUGAUAAAAAGGAUGAAAAAGAUACCAAAGGUAAAGAUGGUCAUCGUGAAAGUCCCACUGAUAAAAAAGACAAAGAUGGAAAGAAAGAAGAUGAUAAAGUUGGUGAUGGUGCUAAAAAAUCUGAUGAUAAAGCACAUGGCACUGAUGAAAAGAAACUUGAUUCAGAGAAAAAAGAUGAUAAAGAUUCCGACGCACGUUCUACUAAAUCAACGAGCAAGAAACCAGAGAGUGAACGUGGAAAACGUGACGACAAGCGUGUCCGUCCUUAUGAUAAUCAUCGCUCUCACUCACGAUCUCGCAGUAGAGAACGCAGAAGACGUGAUGACGUAUUGACAUUUGCUAAAAUUCGGGAAGAAAGAGAGCGACAGAAAUUACGAGAACGCGAACGUCUUUUACGAGAAGACGAGAGAAGACGUCGAGAGGAGACAGAACGUCAACGGGAAAUCGAACGUCGUCAAAGAGAAGAAGCAGCGCGAUUGGAGCGUGAACGAGAAAAAUUGAGACGAGAACGUGAAAGAAUUGAACAAGAAAAAGCUGAGUUACUACGUUUAGAACGUGAAAGACAAAAAGUUGAAAGAGAAAAGCUUGAACGGGAAAGAAUGGAGUUGAAAAGACAACAGAUGCGUUUGGAGGAAAGUAGACGAGCACCGCCACCGCCAUCAAUCAAAAGAUCAGCUGCUGAUCAUCGAGAUAUUCGGGAUAUGUAUGUUGAGCCUGAAAGAAAACGAUUGACCACUGAACAUAGUCGAAGACAUAGUCCUGAAAGAGUAUCAGAUCGAAGACCAGAAAUAAUGGAUAGAGUGUCUGAUAGACGUAUGGAAACUUCACCAGCAAGUAGAUAUGAAUCUAGCAGAUCAAGCCAAGAUAUGGCAAUGAAGAAAGAUUUCAAACGAAACAGUGAUUUUUCAUCACGAAGCAGCCGUCCUGAAACCUUUACUGAUGUAUCUAGAGGAAGAGAAGUUAUUGUACGCCGUGAAGCUCUUCAAACACAAUCUUCUACCAUUGAUUCACGACAAGUGAAAGAAAGUAGAUAUGAGCGACCAAGCACAACAUCCUAUGGCCGCAAUGAACGAGACGUUCGACGCAACGAACAAGAAACUCAUCGUAGCUCUAGAGAAACUCAUGCUGGUAGAUACAGUGAUAAUUCCAAACCUCCUGGAUCUAAUGCUCCUGGACGUGAUAGCCGUUAUGCAGAAAGUAAUCGAACUCCAAGUGGCUGGCAUUCAGGUCCACCAUCCACUAAGUCAUUCAACUCAGUGCCCAGUAGUGGUCAAAGAGGUGGUGGAGAUUUGCGAAGUGAGCCAUCAGCUUGGAGUAAUCGUUCGUCAGAAAAUGUAAACCGAUGGAGUAAUUCAAGUAGUAUGGGUAAUACUCUUCGACAUCCAGGACCACCUAUGGGAUACCAAGGUAGUCAAAUGCAAUCAAUAGGGUUAACAGCACCUGGAACUACACCUUCUUAUGAUAGAUUUGAUCCUUACAAAUCUACUAUGCCUAAUUUAAGAAAGUAUUAAUUAUAUUUGACUGUUCCUUAACUAUUUGGAGAAAUUGAGGUAACAAACUUUGAUAAAAAUGCGUAUAUGAAUAUACUUUCUAUGGUUAUUUUUAAACCAACAGUUCUGACGAAUUUUACGUAUGAAAGAAGUAUACGUAGAAGCUGUACAGUCUGAUAUAUUUACAGUCUCAUAUGUAAAGAAAUUUAUGUAUAUUUGUUAAUAGAAGUUUAUGCACUUGAUGAAUCGUGUUUAAGCCGAGAUUUUUACACACUCCAAUUUUGUCUUUAAUUUCAUUAUUAUUUUACUAGUAGAAAUAAAUAUUUCUUGCAUAAUAGAGUUUUUUUUUGUUUAUAAAACGGAAUUUAAUGAUUUUUUAAGAUGUAAAAGGACAGGCUGUUUUUAAGAAAUGAAAAUAAUAAAUAUAAAUAGUUAACUUUGAAGUAAUCCAUAGACGUUGUAUACGAUUCACUUGAGUCAAAAAUAUUUCAACUUAUUCACUUAUUACAAA